GGUGAGCGCGGGCCGGGGCGGGGCGCCCUGCGUGUGGUUCCCCGGCGCCGCGGAGGCCGCUGGAGACACAAGCCACGGUCGCGCCCUGCGGAGAGCGAGGCGCCCCCGAGCCAUGGCCCGCCCGGCGUGCGGGUUCCCGGCCGCACUGCUGGGCGCCCUCCUGCUGGGCACAGCUCGCCUGCUGCGCGGGGCAGAAGCAUUUGAAAUCGCUCUGCCCCAUGGAAGUGGGAUUACGGUGCACAUCAGGCUGGCAAGCCCGGCCCUGCCUGUGAAAGCCUGCAACAUCAUCAUGUCUAGACAGCAUAUGACCGAGCUGCUGGUUAAGCCUGGAGAAAGGAGGUCUUUCACCUUUAGCUGCAGCAAUCCGGAGAAGCACUUUGUCUUGAAGAUUGAAAAGAGUAUUGACUGCAUGUCAGGCCCGUGUCCUUUUGGGGAGGUCCCCCUCCAGCCGACCACAGCAGAGCUGCCCGCCCUCAACAGAACUUUCAUCUGGGACGUCAGGGCGCAUAAGCGCAUCGGCCUGGAGCUGCAGUUCUCAGCCCCUCGCCUGAGGCAGAUCGGGCCAGGCGAGGGCUGUGAGGACGGGGUCACUCACUCCAUCAGCGGCCGAAUAGAUGCCACUGAGGUCAGGAUCGGGACCUUCUGCAGUAAUGGCACCGUGUCCCGAAUCAAAAUGCAGGAGGGUGUGAAGAUGGCCCUGCACCUACCCUGGUUCCACCCCAGGAACAUCUCAGGCUUCAGCAUCGCAAACCGGUCGUCGAUAAAACGCCUGUGCAUCAUCGAGUCGGUGUUUGAGGGUGAAGGCUCGGCCACCCUCAUGUCCGCCAACUACCCAGGAGGCUUCCCUGAGGAUGAGCUCAUGACCUGGCAGUUCAUUGUCCCUGCACACCUGAGGGCCAGCGUCUCCUUCCUCAGCUUCAACGUCUCCAACUGUGAGAGGAAGGAGGAGCGGGUGGAGUACUACAUCCCCGGCUCUACCACCAACCCAGAGGUGUUCAGGCUGGAGGACCAGCAGCCCGGGAACAUGGCUGGCAACUUCAACCUCUCCCUGCAAGGCUGUGACCAGGACGCCCAAAGCCCAGGAAUCCUUCGGCUCCGCUUUCAGGUCCUGGUCCAACGCCCACAGAACGAAAGCAGUAAAACCUACGUGGUGGACCUGAGUCAAGAGCGAGCCAUGUCGCUAACCAUAGAGCCACGGCCAGUCAGACAUGGCCGCAGGUUUGUUCCUGGCUGCUUCGUGUGUCUGGAGUCCCGGACCUGUAGUACCAAUGUCACCCUGACAGCUGGCUCCAAACACAAGAUUUCCUUCCUGUGCGAUGACCUGACACGCCUGUGGGUGAAUGUGGAGAAAACCCUAAGCUGUCUGGACCACCGCUACUGCUACAGCAAGUCCUUCAAGCUGCAGGUUCCCCGAGACAUCCUCCAGCUGCCUGUGCAGCUGCACGACUUCUCCUGGAGGCUGCAGGCGCCCAAGGACAGGCUCAGCCUUCUCCUGGUGCCGGGCCAGAAGCUCCAGCAGCACACGCGUGAGAGGGCCUGUAACACCAGCUUUGGCUACCUUGUGGCCAGCACCACCCCCAGCCAGGACCUAUACUUUGGCUCCUUCUGCCCAGGGGGCUCCAUCGAGAAGAUCCAGGUGAAGCAAAACAGCUCGGUGACGCUGCGAACAUAUGCUCCCAGCUCCCAAUAUGAAGUCUCCAGGCAAGCCCUGACAGUGUCCUUCGUACCGUAUUUCAAAGAGGAAGGCAUCUUCACGGUGACCCCGGACAUAAAAAACAAGGUCUACCUGAGAACACCCAACUGGGAUCGAGGCCUGCCCGCCCUCUCCUCCGUGUCCUGGAACAUCAGUGUGCCUAGCAACCAAGUGGCUUGUCUGACCUUCUUCAAAGAGCGUUCUGGCGUGGUCUGCCAGUCGGGGCGAGCCUUCAUGAUCAUCCAGGAACAGCAGAGCCGGGCAGAGGAGAUCUUCAGCCUGGAGGAGGAAGUGCUGCCUAAGCCAAGUUUCCAUCGUCGCAACUUCUGGGUUAACAUCUCCAAUUGCAGCCCUGUGAAUGGCAAGCAGCUAGAUCUGCUCUUCUGGGUGACUCUUACCCCGAGGACUGCGGAUUUGGCUGUCAUCAUUGGUGCAGCAGGAGGCGGGGCUCUGCUGCUAUUCGCCCUGGGCCUCCUCAUCUGCUGCGUGAGAAAGAAGAAGAAGGUCAACAAGGGUCCUGCUGUGGGCAUCUACAAUGGCAACGUCAAUACCCAGGUGCCCCAGAUGCAAAAGUUCCAGAAAAGACGGAAGGACAAUGAUUCUCAUGUGUAUGCCGUCAUUGAAGACACCAUGGUCUAUGGGCACCUGCUGCAGGACUCCGGCGGCUCCUUCAUCCAGCCAGAGGUGGACACCUACCGGCCCUUCCAGGGCCCCAUGGGGGACUGCCCCCCCUCCCCACCCCCUAUGUUCUUCAGGACCCCAACUGCAAAGUUCACUGCCGAUGAGCCAGCCCCUAGUAGCUCUCCUGAGCCUGAGAGUGAACCCUACACUUUCUCACACCCCAACAAGGGGGAAGUAGGUUUCAGGGAGACGGACAUCCCCUUAGUUGACACCCAGGGGCCAGUGGAGACAGAAGAAUAAUUUGGCUCCAUUCCAAAGACUUUGCUGAGAUGCAUGGCCCCGGGCGAUGAGACCCACACAACUGUCCCAGCCAGAAGUCACAUGGAAGAGCAAUCAACUAGAAGUAAGAGCUUCUGUGAGGGGCCACCAAUUCCUGGUUUUCCGGUGGACACUGCAGUGAUGAGCACAUCUCGGCCUCUGACGGGGACGCCAUCCUAACAGCUCAGACCUCCCCGAACGAAGCUUGUGUUGGCUGGCCGAGGGACAGAGAGAGACAUUGUCCACCCAGAUGGACUGCAGUGAGACUGGAUUCCCGAUGAUAAGCUGAGACUUAAUGGAUUCCCAGGAGCUCCACGUGAGGUCUCUGCUCCCACUGGAGGCCUCUGGAUGAAAAUGACAAGGUGCUUUUCCAAUGGUAGUAUUUGUUUAGUGUUGCUGCAUGUUUUUAAAAGCUGGAUGCGGAGCUGGUGGUGGAGCUGGGUUGGUAGGAUGCCCACACAGAGCUCGGGCUCCACCCUCACUGCACACAACCAGCGCACUGGCACACGCCCGUAAGCCUAGCUCUAGGGGAGGAGAGGGUCAGAAUUUCAGGGUCAUCAGCAAAUAGGUAGGGCUUUGGAGGCCCUCCUGGUCUAUCUUAAAAACAUGCACAGCUCCCGUCUAGUACUGACUCAUGCAAACUGGUUUGGACAGCUGUGUUUUGGUUUUUCAGGCCACUAGAUAAAUGUGCACCUGUGGAGAUGA